AUGGCAAAUCAAACCACUGUCACCCAGUUUUUCCUGUUGGCAUUUUCUGAUCUCCCAGAACUCCAGAUUUUACAUUUUGUGGUGUUUCUUUCCAUUUACUUGACAACCCUGUUGGGGAACAUCCUUCUCAUCCUGGCUGUAGCCCAGAAUCCUAAGCUUCAUAGCCCCAUGUAUUUCUUCUUGGUCAACUUAUCUUUAUCAGAUGUUUGUUAUAUCUCUGCCACUAUCCCGAAGUCCAUGGCCAUUUCUUUGACAAGCAACACCCUUAUUUCUUUCUCUGGCUGUGUCAUCCAAGUGUUUUUAGUUAUCUUCUGUGCAUCUGCUGAGCUGAUCUUUCUCUCUGCCAUGGCUUAUGACCGCUAUGUGGCAAUCUGUCAUCCCCUGCAAUACACCAUGAUCAUGAACUGGAAUGCCUGCUUCCAAAUGGCAGCUGCUGCUUGGAUUGCCAGCAUAAUAGAUUCUGGGGUGGAAACUGCAAACACUUUUAGAUUAUGUUUCUGUGGGUCUACUGUUUCACAAUUUUUCUGUGAUGUUCCCCAACUGUUAAUGCUUUCAUGCACUGAUAUCACAGCCAAUACAUGGUAUCUUCUUGCUUCUGCACUUACUCUGGGAUUAUUUUGCUUCUCUCUAAUAUUUUUUUCUUAUGUCUUCAUCUUCUCUACAGUAUUUAAGAUUCGUUCAGCUCAAGCCAGGUACAAAACGUUUUCCACCUGUACUCCCCACCUGACUGUAUUUAGUUUGUUCUUUUUUACUGCUGUGUUUUCUUAUUUUAAACCCCAGUCCUUAUCGUCACCAUUAUUGAAUCAGGUAGCUGCUGUUCUGUACACUGUUUUGCCACCGCUCAUGAAUCCCAUCAUUUAUAGCCUGAGAAACAGAGACAUCCAAGUGACCAUUCAGAAAAUAUUAAAGAAACUGUUUAGUUCUCACUUGAUGAUCUGA